UUGUACUACUGUCACCAGCGCCGAGGCGAAGCAGGUCGAGUAGACAUCAUCCUAUCCGCCUUCUCAUCUGAAGAAGAUGCAAAGUCGUCUUCCGACAUUGGCGAAUACGAUCUGCCCUGUCCCCCAAGAGAUCAGCCUUUGGAUCCGUUUUGCUCUCGCGUCAGCACGACAUCGAGCCCCAAGCACUGUCUGAUGUACGACAAUGCCUUCGGGUCCUGCGACCUGAGGGCGUACAGCCGCAGUCUGCAGGACGAGUUCAUUUACUUCACCAAUAUCGAGGGCGUCGCCGACAAUCUGGUGCCCAGAUAUGGCGGCAGUUCGGCCCUGAUGGACUUCUGUCCUGUCUAUUUGGUAAUUGCGAAGCGUAUGCUUGUUUUUGUUUACCCAUUUAGCUGA